AUGAAUGAAAAUUCCCCUGGAAACAAUCAAAUGAAGUCUCCAACAAUUCAAAAGGAUUUAACACGGGCUUGUGCUGCUGAAGUCACAAAUGUCAUUCUUAAUGAUAUAAAAGACAAUAUAUUUUCUCUUAUGGUUGAUGAGUGUCGAGAUAUUUCAGUCAAAGAACAAAUGGGAGUUGUUUUAAGAUACGUGAACAAACAUGGAUGUGUUGUUGAAAGAUUUCUUGCUAUUGCACAUGUGUCUGACACUUCUGCUAUUUCUUUAAAGAAGACUAUUGAUGAAUUGUUUGCAAAACAUAAGUUGUCAUUAUCAAGAUUAAGAGGUCAAGGAUAUGACGGAGCUUCAAAUAUGCGAGGUGAGUAUAAUGGAUUGAAGGCUCUUAUAUUGAAGGAAAAUUCAUCUGCAAGAUAUGUCCAUUGUUUUGCUCACCAACUUCAACUAGUUGUUAUUGCAGUUGCUAAAAGCAAUCGAAUUGUGAGUGAUUUCUUCCAAUAUGUUACUAUGAUUGUGAAUAUUACUGGUGCUUCAUGCAAAAGAAAAGAUAAGUUUAGACAACUUGAACAUGAUAGACUUGUAGAAUGUUUGGAGAAAGGAGAUAUUGUUAGUGGCAAAGGAAAAAAUCAGGAAAUCAAUUUAAAACGGCCAGGGGAUACUCGUUGGGGUUCACAUUACAUGACUAUUAUCCGUUUGAUGUCUACGUGGACUUCUGUUUUACAAGUGCUUGAAAAUGUGUAUGAUGAUGGUACUAAUGAUGAUAAUAGUGAUAUCACCACCAGUUUAAUUGAUAAGAUGGAGAGUUAUGAAUUUGUGUUUGUGAUGCAUUUAAUGAAAUCUUUAUUGGGAAUCACAAAUGAAUUGUCACUUGUCUUACAACAAAAGGGUCAAAACAUUGUACUGGCUAUCAGUUUUAUCAAGACAAUGAAAGUUCGAUUACAAAAAUUGAGAGAGGAAGGAUGGGAGAAUUUUUUGGACGUCGUCAACAAAUUUUGUAGUAACCAUAUGACCCCAGUACCAAAUAUGAAAGAAAAUAUGAGAACUCAUGGUCACAGCAGACGAAAUGGACAAAUGAUUACUAAUUUUCAUCACUAUCGUGUUGAAAUUUUUUAUCAGGUUCUUGAUAUGUUGGUUCAAGAGAUGAGUAAUCGGUUUUUAGAAUCAAGUACGGAGGUAUUUACUUGCAUUGCUUGCUUAGAUCCAAAGGACUCUUUUUCUCAAUUUGAUAUUGGUAAGCUACUCCACCUUGCUGAACUUUAUCCGGAGGACUUUUCAUUGACUGAUCAUGCAAUACUUGAGGACCAACUUGAGACUUACAUUCAAAAUGUACGAGGUGAAUUUUCUAUGAUUAAAGAUUUGGGAAGUCUUGCUAAAAAGACGAUUGAAACGGGGAAGAAUACAAUUUUUCCAUUGGUAUAUUGGUUGAUCGAGUUAGCAUUAGUUUUACCAGUUGCAACUGCUUCUGUUAAAAGAGUUUUUUCUGCGAUGAAAAUUAUCAAGACUGAUUUGCAUAAUAGGAUGGGGGAUGAGUGGAUGAAUGACAGUUUGGUAGUAUACAUCGUGUGA